GCGUAGACGUUAGGGGCGGGGCCGUGCUGUACGCGGUGACUGGUGGCGGCCCGGCGGCGGCUGCCGGCGUAAUAGUGCGGUCGACAGCUUAGAUAAGUUCCGUGGAAGCGGCAGUGGCGCCGACGAGGUGUUGGGCAACCGGAGCGGGCCCGGAACUUGGCGCUCAGCAUGCCGACGGUGGAGGAGCUGUACCGCAACUACGGCAUCCUCGCCGAUGCCACGGAGCAAGUGGGCCAGCAUAAAGAUGCCUACCAAGUGAUACUGGAUGGCGUGAAAGGUGGCACCAAGGAAAAGCGGCUAGCAGCUCAGUUUAUACCAAAAUUUUUUAAGCAUUUUCCAGAGCUGGCUGAUUCUGCUAUCAAUGCACAGUUAGACCUCUGUGAGGAUGAAGACGUGUCAAUACGACGCCAAGCAAUUAAAGAGCUGCCUCAGUUUGCCACAGGAGAAAACCUUCCGAGAGUAGCAGAUAUACUGACCCAGCUUCUGCAGACAGAUGACUCUGCAGAAUUUAAUUUGGUGAACAAUGCUCUGUUAAGUAUAUUUAAGAUGGAUGCAAAAGGAACAUUAGGUGGCUUGUUUAGCCAGAUUCUUCAAGGGGAAGACAUUGUUAGAGAACGAGCAAUUAAAUUCCUGUCCACAAAACUCAAGACACUCCCAGAUGAAGUGUUAACUAAGGAAGUAGAGGAGCUCAUACUCACUGAGUCCAAAAAGGUCCUAGAAGAUGUGACUGGUGAAGAGUUUGUUUUGUUCAUGAAGAUAUUGUCUGGGUUAAAAAGCUUACAGACAGUGAGUGGAAGACAGCAGCUGGUAGAGCUGGUGGCGGAACAGGCUGACCUGGAGCAGACCUUCAGCCCCUCAGACCCUGACUGUGUGGACAGGCUGCUGCAGUGCACACGGCAGGCUGUGCCUCUGUUCUCUAAAAAUGUCCAUUCUACAAGAUUUGUGACAUAUUUCUGUGAGCAGGUUCUCCCUAAUCUCAGUACCCUAACUACCCCAGUGGAAGGUCUUGAUAUACAGUUAGAGGUAUUAAAGUUGUUGGCAGAGAUGAGUUCAUUUUGUGGUGACAUGGAAAAACUAGAAACAAAUUUAAGAAAACUGUUUGAUAAGUUACUGGAGUAUAUGCCUCUCCCUCCAGAAGAAGCAGAAAAUGGAGAGAACGCUGGUAAUGAAGAGCCCAAGCUGCAGUUCAGUUAUGUGGAGUGCUUAUUGUACAGUUUUCAUCAGUUAGGCCGAAAACUUCCAGACUUCUUAACAGCCAAACUGAAUGCAGAAAAGCUCAAGGAUUUCAAAAUUAGGUUGCAGUACUUUGCACGGGGCCUUCAGGUUUAUAUCAGACAACUUCGCUUGGCUCUCCAGGGUAAAACAGGAGAGGCCUUAAAAACAGAGGAGAACAAGAUAAAAGUUGUUGCAUUGAAAAUAACAAACAAUAUCAAUGUUUUAAUCAAGGAUCUCUUCCACAUUCCUCCUUCUUAUAAGAGCACAGUAACAUUGUCCUGGAAACCUGUACAGAAAGUUGAGAUUGGGCAAAAGAGAACAAGUGAAGAUACAAGUUCAGGUUCACCACCUAAGAAAUCUCCAGGAGGACCAAAAAGGGAUGCCAGACAGAUUUAUAAUCCUCCUAGUGGAAAGUACAGCAGCAAUUUGGGCAACUUUAAUUAUGAGAGGAGCCUUCAGGGGAAGUAGAGGUGGCCGAGGUUGGGGAACACGAGGAAAUCGUAGUCG